AUGUCUUUAUGGAUGCUAUACGUGAUUCUUUUUGCGAGCAUUGGAGCCGUGUAUCCCUCAGCGACCAGGCGAGUUUCAUACACCUUGAAAGAAUCUCAUCCAACUCCAUCAAAAUGGAUUCGCGAAGGUAUGGCACCUCCGGCGAUGAACAUCUCCCUCCAAAUUGGUCUCGCUCAGGGCCAUCCGACGGAGCUAGAAAAAAAUCUUCAAGAAGUUUCCAAUCCAUUGCACAAAAGAUAUGGUCAGUUUUUGACCAGGGACGAAGCAGCCAGACUACUUCGACCCCAGCAGCAUGUUAUCGACCGCAUCCAAGCCUGGUUGAAAGAUAACGGUGUACCGAUUCAUCGUCAUUUCUUCAACGCAGCCCGAGACUGGCUUACAAUCACUGUGACAAUUGCGGAAGCCGAGCUUUUACUUGGCACUAAGUAUUCCAUAUAUAGAUAUGGGCAACAUUCUGCGAUUCGAACAAUGGAGUGGUCAUUACCACAAGACCUACAUGACGGUAUAGACACCAUUCAGCCGACAACGUCAUUUAUGCGGAUUCGCUCACAUAUCAAACAACGUCAAAAUGAAGACCACGAGGUCACAGACCUUAACAAACUCGCAGAGGAUGCUACAGAGGGUAUUGGAACCGGUGUGGAUUUGAACAAUAUCCCGCCAGGACUAACUCCUCAACAAGCAUGCAACGAGAGUGCUGUAACGCCCCUCUGCCUUCGUACAUUGUAUGGAACCCUGUACUACAAGGCCGAUUCCAGGAGAAAAACAAGAAUGGGACUCGUCAAUUACUUGGGAGAAUUCAACAAUCGCUCCGACAUUUCACAAUUCCUCAAGACAUACCGACCAGACGCCCUUUCAGGGGCAGAGAACUUCGAAGACAUUAGCAUACAGGGCGGAAUCAACCAGCAAAGUCCCGUCACACCUGAACAGUAUGCUUACGGUGUUGGGCGAGAGGGCAAUCUCGACGCGGAAGUAAUGAUCGGUAUCGCCCACCCAAUCCCGCUUACAACGUAUUCUGUUGGAGGGCCUGAGCCACCAUUUAUCGCAGAUUCGUUCACUCCCACCAACACGAACGAACCUUUCCUUGCCUGGCUGAACUGGAUUCUUGACCAGCCCGACUCCAAUCUUCCUAGUGUAGUUUCCACUUCGUAUGGCGACAUUGAACAUACAGUGCCCAUAUCAUACGCCCGUCGAGUAUGCAACGGCUUUGCCCAACUUGGUGCUCGAGGUGUUUCCGUUAUCAUGGGAUCUGGAGAUCAUGGGGUUGGCGACCCCGGUGACUGCUAUUCGAAUGAUGGCCUCUCCACCCCUGAAUUCCUCGUAAGCUUUCCGGAUUCCUGUCCCUGGGUGACAUCUGUCGGGGCCACAAAAGGCAUCCAACCGGAGGUAGUUGCCGUAAACGAGCGAAAUGGGUUCUCAUCUGGUGGCGGCUUCAGUAACUAUUUCCCGCGUCCCGAUUACCAAGUCAAUAAUCCCAAAAGCGUGUCUCAAUAUCUCUCAAAUAUUGGGUCUCUCCAUUCUGGGAUGUUCAAUCCACAUGGUCGUGCAAUCCCUGAUGUUUCUGCCCAGGGAUAUCGCUAUGUGACGAUAUGGAACGGGGAGACAAAACUGGUCGACGGUACAUCAGCCUCAACCCCAACAUUUGCUGCUAUUGUUGCCCUGGUCAAUGACGUGUUGGCAGCAGAGAACAAACCAUCUAUGGGAUUUUUAAAUCCCUGGCUGUAUGCGACGGGGUAUCAAGCUUUCAGCGACGUCACCGAAGGCUCCAACGGUGGUUGUAAUACAACCGGAUUCCCUGCUCUGCCAGGGUGGGAUGCGGCCUCUGGCUGGGGUACACCUUGGUUUCCGAAAUUCAAGCAAUUGGCCUUGCAAAGAAAGAGGAGAGCAACACGGCCCUGGUAUAUCAAAUGGACUUCGUAG